UGUGGAUCUUGCUCUUUGGAUAGAAAAGAAAGGGAGAAAGGGCUUGGUUUUUCAGUAGAUGCAUAAUUAGAUUGGGCUCACAAAAGCAGAUUGCUCAUGAUUACCAGGAAUUGACUGUUUACCAAAGUGGGCACCGCCCACAAUAACUUCCAGUAUAAGUGGAGGCUACAGGUGGCCUUAUUCCCAACCCUUCUACAGAGGGAAAGGGAGAGAGAAGCAACACCAAGAUGCAAGUCAAGGUGGUGGCUAUUUUCCUGGCCCUCUGCCUGCUCAGCUUGGGAGGCACCAGAGCUGCACCUGAGAAUGCAGGCAGACAGGCCACGGAUUAUGUACAUGGAAACAUUAAUUCUGGAGCUUUUGGAGGGAAUACAAGACCAUUUGCUAACAUCCAGUUUGGAGGCAACAGCUUCAACAGGAAUGGCAAGAAUUGUACUUCUGGAGCUUUUGGAGGGAAUCGCAGAAGGAUUUAUAGCAAAAUGUUUGGGCCCAACAGCUUCAAUAACCAUGGGAAGAAUUGUACUUCUGGAGCUUUUGGAGGGAAUCGCAGAAGGAUUUAUAGCAAAAUGUUUGGGCCCAACAGCUUCAAUAACCAUGGGAAGAAUUGUACUUCUGGAGCUUUUGGAGGGAAGAAUUGUACUUCUGGAGCUUUUGGAGGGAAUCGCAGAAGGAUUUAUAGCAAAAUGUUUGGGCCCAACAGCUUCAAUAACCAUGGGAACAACUGUACUUCUCGAGCUUUUUGGGGGAAGAAUUGUACUUCUGGAGCUUUUGGAGGGAAUAGCAGAGCAUUUGGUAACAACCUGUUUGGAGGCAAAAGCUUCAAAGUCAAUGGUAACAUUAAUUCUGGAGCUUUUGAAGGGAAUAGCGGAAAGUUUACAAACAACCAGUUUGGAGGCAACAGCUUCAACAACAAGGACAAGAAUUGUACUUCUGGAGCUUUUGGAGGGAAUAGUGGAAAGUUUACAAACAACCCGUUUGGAGGCAACAGCUUCAACAACAAGGACGUAAGUGUGGAGGAUGCAUUUUGUCUUCCUAGAGAGAGAGUAGGAUCCAACCUGUCAAAGAGUAAAAAGAAGAACAACUGUACUUCUCGAGCUUUUUGGGGGAAUAGCGGAAAGUUUACAAACAACUGGUUUGGAGGCAACAGCUUCAACAACAAGGACAAGAAUUGUACUUCUGGAGCUUUUGGAGGGAAGAAUUGUACUUCUGGAGCUUUUGGAAGGAAUCGCAGAAGGAUUUAUAGCAAAACGUUUGGGCCCAACAGCUUCAAUAACCAUGGGAAGAAUAAUUCUGGAGCUUUUGAAGGGAAUACGGGAAUGUUUGAAAACAACCAGUUUGGGCCCAACAACUUCAGUAACAAGGACAAUGUUAAUUCUGGAGCUUUUGGAGGGAAUAGUGGAAGGUUUGAUAGCAACCAGUUUGGGCCCAACAGCUUCAAUAACAAGGGGUAAUAAAAACCUACUAGCAGAGUUCCAGCUGCCCUCUGCUCAGACUUUUCACCAAGGAUACCAUUGCCGACUCAAGUGGUUCUUUUUACUUGCUGUUGAACCUUUCUCUGCUACUGAUUGUACAAAAGCUUCUUCUUGCAAAUAAAGGAACAUGACCUUGCAGAACA